UUAUGCAUGCCCAACCUGGUGCAUUGUGGUGGUUGCCACGGUUACCACCCAUUUUCCAGGUUGGGCUACCUGUGUUAUAUGGAGAGUUAAGACGGAAGGGUCGUAGUCUUGCAGUCGUGGUCCGGUGGACACACGCACUGAAUGUUGGAUGGUCCGACAGUUGUGGGUCUUCGGACAGUUUCGUAUCCCAGGUUGUACAGUACUCUCGUCAUGUGAUCUGGCCACGUAAGAACAAAAUACAACCCUUGGUCAAACUGCUGAUAUGGCGCUUUCAUUGAAACUUGGCAAGCUGGAUGCCAUCUGUGCCAAACUCAAAUCCCACACACCUGAAGCGCCGAGUUCUAACGACAAUGAUGAGGCUUCGCUUUCGGAACCGCCAGAGGCCUCAGAAAGCAACAACAACAACCAGAAGACCCUAGACUUCAACGGAAGUGUGCCUCCCGAGCCAGUUGCUCCGUCCACCCCCAUCAUACAACCUGCACCUCUUCUUGCUUCGACACCUGACACAGCCAAAACUUAUCAGGCAGCUACACCCAAGUCAUCAAAAUCAAGUGGUCGCAAGAAAAGUCGGAAAUCUGCUUGCCCUAGGAAUCUAGCCCAGUAUGAAGAUGUGAAAUUCUCUGAGGGUACGAGGAAGGAUGAGUUGGGUCCGUAUGAGAUCAACAAUCAGAACACAGACUUUCCCCCACAGGAAGGAGAGACGGAUGAAUUGCUUGCUCAGGACUUGUCCAUGGACAGUUCUCGCGCCACCUCACCUGGUGACCUUGACCCUCACUCACAGAUUGAUUCAAUGGCAAGUGAUAAGGAGGAUUCUAUAUGUGCAGAGAAGUCAGAAUUAAACUCUAGUUCCUAUGCCAGUUCGGGUUUCCCACUCGACCUGUCGGUCAGUCGUGCUGCUGAUGAUGCAAGUGUCAACGGUAGCCCUCGAUCAGCCGAUAGUGACAGAGAAGCCACGUACCAGUCAACGUUGGAGUCACAUGAUCAUGCUGCUGACCUCUCUACUGAUCACGUGACACCAGAUACUCACGAUUCCCCUGCGAAACCAAUGGUAUCUGCUGAAGCACGUGUUCUUCAGGACUAUGCAAAAAACACAAUGAAUGAACUGCUCAGUAUUUAUGGUUUUGGUGGGUCUGCUGAUUCCGUCACGAAACAAAUACCUCUCAAAAACUUUACAUUGUACCAGCACCAGUCCCCAAGCGCCCAGGACCUGAUGGAAGGGAUUUCGUCAGACAUUCAACCAUUAUCCAAAACAGCUCACAUGGAUGGAAAGUCCCAGAGUUCCACCAAGGGCAUCUUCAACAAUCAAUUCCAAAAACUUGCUCAAAUUAAUGGAGGUCACCCGCAUAGCACCCCUUCCCCCAUCUCCAACCCCGCUACCACCUUCAAACCAAUUGCACCCAGCAUCAAACUCAGCCCUCCGCUCACCCAGUCUUCCUCAUCUGCCACCCAGCACCAUGCAGGUUUGAAGUCGAGUCCAUCCUCUAGUAAGUCAAACGUUGGUGGAGAGUUCUCCAAGUUCCGCCUGAAUCCAGCUGGGCACAAACUGUCUCACACCAGCUCCUCAGGGAAAACUUUCAGCCCGGAUUACACCAAGUAUCUCAAGCGAUUUCACAAUGGCGAGGACUGUGGCGGCACCCACUGCAAGGACCUCGGCUACAGGGAGCACUACCACUGUAUGGACUGCAGCUUCAAGGUGUUCGUCAAGAAGGAAGAGAUGGUCCGGCACUUCAAGUGGCACAAGAAACGUGAUGAUUCCCUCCAACAUGGCUUCCUCCGGUUCAGCCCCAUGGAUGACUGCAGCCAUAAGUUUGGGACCUGUACGCACAAUGGACGCCAGACCCACUACCACUGUCUACAGCCUGGCUGUGACAAAGUCUACAUCAGCACAUCAGAUGUGCAGAUGCAUGCUAACUACCAUCGCAAGGACUCCGCUAUCAUCAUGGAAGGUUUCCAACGAUUCCGCGCCACGGAGGAUUGUGGGACUCCGUCAUGUCAAUUCUAUGGUCAACGCACAACACAUUUCCAUUGUCGACGAACAAGCUGCAAAUUUACUUUCAAGAACAAAGCUGACAUGGAGAAGCACAAGAGCUACCAUCAGAAGGACGAGAUCCUGGGGCGGGAUGGGUUCAAGAAAUUCAUGAAGUACGAGCACUGUUCCUACAAGGCUUGCAGGUUUUCCAAAAUCAGCAACCAUAUUCAUUGCAUCAGACCAGGUUGCAACUAUGUGCUGCACUCAACAGCUCAGCUGUAUUCCCACAAACGUAAACACGAACGUCGGGACUUUGAGAACGCUUACCGCAACUUCCGGCAGGUCCAGAAGUCAACAACCCCCCAGCCUCGCCCUGCUCAACAGGUGAUUAGCUCCUUACAAGGGGUCUCUGCUCUGUCCGGUGCUGGGCAGAUUCUGUCGCAGGUGCCCAUGACAAUGGGGACAGGCCUGGCCCAUCAGGUCGUGCCCUCCAUGUCUCUGCCUGUUAAAAUCAAGACAGAAAUGGAAUGGCCCAAAGGGAAAAAGUCUGACAGCGGGAACAGUAAUAGCAUGUCUCCUCCAAUCAUGGAGAGGAAGGUCAAGGUCAAGCUUGAGCCGAAAGAGGUCAAGGACACCAUGAGACUGGACCAGAGUUCAGGGCUGUUGAAUCAUGCGGCCAUUGUCUCUGAGGAAAAGCUGAAUGAUUCACUGACCCUGCCAAUCCCGUCUGCCAUUAGUCCCCAGAAGGAUAGCUCCAAUCCCCCGUCGUCCGGUGAGAACACACCAUCACACGGCAUUGAACUGUUACGUCCAUCUCCGGAGAAGAGAGAGAAGGAUGAGUCCUGGAAGGCCUAUCUUAUCAGGUACACGGCCAAUGACCCCUGCAACUCACGCUGCCAGUAUCUGUACAAGGACCACUACCACUGCAGGGUGGAUGGAUGUCAGGUCCUCUUCCGAUCCAAGGACGGGGUGCGAGAGCAUGCCAAGUUCCAUGAAAUCCAGGACCGUAUCACACCUCUUGUGUAUCUGAUGUAUGAGGAGCUACAGGCAUGUCCCCAGAGCUGCCAGCUCAACCUCAAACAGAAGCACUACCACUGCAACUGGACUGGGUGUUCCCAUGCUAUUCCCCACACCGGCCCAGCAUUUGCCCGACUUGAACAUUACCGCAUCCAUGAGUAUGCCAAGGCUUCAGGUGGAAAAGGCAAGUUUGGUAAUUCCAAGGAUGACGAAUUCUCAAAGCGAAGACGAGGUCGCCCUCCCAAGUAUCCCAGGACUGAAAUCCCAACUGUUCCGAAAGUGGAACUGCCAGAAUCGGUGAUCCAGGAAUCUGUGAGACUGUACUCAGAGGGGAAGUUUGACCCAACGGCUGAGGUCAUUAAUGGAUUCAAGCACUUCACAUCGGAUGAGCCCUGUCCGGACACACAGUGCAUGUAUUACAUGAAGGAUCACUUCCACUGUGCCCGACCUCGGUGUCAUCAUGCCACCGACAGGAUGGAUGUUCUCAACCUUCAUGCAAAAGACUUUCACAACUUCGUCAACAUCUUAGAAGGCUUCGAGUUCUUUGACCGAAAUAUUGACUGCCGACGUCCUCACUGUCACAACAACCGUGCUAAUCGCCACUUCCAUUGCCUGAAGCCCAAAUGUGACUACUCAUUCGUCCGGCACAGCACUAUGGUACAGCAUGACAGAAAACACAAGAUGCCACCAGUUCCCAAAAUUGCCCCAGUCCCAGCCUCAGCUAAGAAGGAGGUCUCCAAUUUCAUCCCCAUCGUCCCAGCAGUCCCAGGAUUACAGCUUGAUCCGAAGAACAAGAACAUUGUUAAGGCAGCUGGCACCUUCUACCCAAUGUCUCCCCUGACUGACAUACGCGGUACAGCUCCUGGCACAGUCUUCAGCCAACAUCUGUCCUUGAGCAUGGCUAGCAAUCUCACAAUGGCCAAUACCCUCAGCACCCAGGCUAUGGUGGCUCAGCCCCUACCGUCAACCAUCUCUGCACUUCCUACCAACAUGUCGACUUUGUUCAUGGCUGGGGGACAGUUGCAGCUUCCCAUGGCCAGCGCCAUGCCCCUCACAGUGCUGCUACAACAAAAAGGGCUCACCCCUCCCCAGCCAAACUGGGGUCAGAUGAGAAGCAAGAUGCAUUAUGCUCUCAACUCAAACUGUGGACGGCCGUUCUGCAAGCUGAAGAAAAAGGAUCAUUAUCACUGUCUGGAGUGUAACCAAGCUUUCUCCGACCCAGCCAGGUUGCGCUGUCACAUGGGAAAACAUGGUCUUAGAUUCCGAAGAUCUGAGUCUGGAGGGAGAGCAGGCAAACAUGUACACCUUAUGCCCAAACCUGCUCCAAUGGCAGGUCUGGACCUCUCCAACACUGCACAGCUUGUUGAGGAGGAGGUGGAUGAGGAGGAGGAAGAAGAGGAGGAGAUUGCUGAGGAAGAUGAGCAGCAAGAAGGCAGCUUUGAGCUCUCGGCAUCAUCAUCUCUCAACCUCAACCCAGAGGCUUUUGCUAACAUGCUGCAAAGUAGACAGACUCUCGGAUCCGACAACAGCAGCGAGGAGAUUGAGGACGAGGAGGAGGAGGACAUAAAUGGGAACAGUAUGGAUGGGACGCUUGUAGAAGAGGCCACGAAUGGAAGCGACUCCUACAACUACAGUUAUGACAGCUAUGAUGAUGGUCCUCUGGUGGUUGAUGAAGGGCAAGGGUCAGACGCUGGUAAUGAGGAUGCAGAGGAGCCAGAGGUUGGGCUCAAUCUGUCCAUUUCGCGCCGAUCAGGACGAAAACGAAUAGCUACAAGGCAUGAAGAUUUCAUCGACAGUGAUAUGUUGAUGGCCAAGCAGAGAAGAUUGUCAAGCCCGCAGAGCUCAAAAGAUCAAGUUGUCAUCCCAGAGGGGUUUACCAAACAUCGGUCUGGUGAUGAUUGCGGAUAUACCACCUGCACCUACCGCCAGAGCUCCACCCAUUAUCACUGUAUGAGGGAGGACUGUGGGUACGGUUUCAGUGAUAGAACACGCUUCAUCCAGCAUGUGCUACGACACGAAAGACUUGAUAACAUAAUGGGUGGAGAGUUCUACCACUAUCGCUCGUCUGUGGCGUGCGGAAGCUCAGAUUGCGAACUGUCUAUAAAGUCAUCACACUUUCACUGUCUUAAGUGCCCAUUCGCUUGUGCCGAUUCCAGCAAAGUUCAAGCUCACCGUAAAUAUCAUAGCAAGAUGGACAGUAUUGCAUCCAAUGGCUUUCAGAAGUUCACUGGCAAUGAAGACUGCAGGAAUACCAUGUGCUCCUACUACAAGAAGCAGACUCACUACCACUGCACAUUCCCGUCGUGUCACUAUGCCGUCCUUGGCCCGGCACAGAUGGCAGCCCAUAAGGCGAAACACCCUCAGGAAGAGCUCAACUGAAGAGAUUGUGAUGAACAAUGUUACACUUUACACAGCAUUGUUACAACAUGGGGACCAUUGAUACAAUGUUACACCGUCACUGCGCCACUGCUGACACUAGAAUAUGCAACGCUGUUGCAGAAGAGUUGAAGUAUAUUUUUUGCAACACCAUCACUGCUGAUAAUACCCAUGGACUGUUCCCAUUCCUUUGUUAAGUUUAUUGUUGAUUUGUUUUGACUUAAAUCACGACUGCUGCAUCGGUUUACAAACAGUGACGUCCUACUCUGCUGAUGAUCAACCUUUUCGUGGACCUGUUUCCAUGGCAACCUUUACAUGGGAUCUGCUUCCGUGGCAACCGUCAAGGAAUCUAAUUUCCUGGGCAGCAGAAACAGUUGGUCAUGUUUCUUGUUUUGUUAAGUUUCUUUCAUGAAGUCACGUAGACAAAGAUUUCCAGUGUGACUAUAAUAAUCCUUAUGUGUACAAUAUUUUGCUAUUUUAUACUGACGUGUAUUAUGUGAGUUAUGUAUGUUAUAUGACCAGUAUUUCCGGUCUAGCCGGCCACGCCCACAGGGAAGCAAACAAUCUUGCCUCCACACAUACCUAGGUUAUGUCAAGCAGACAUAUUUUCUAUACUGCUGCAGCAAAUGGCUUAUACUGUCUCCUGUCCAUUAUAUCUUAAUAUUGAUGUAACAAGUCAUAUUACAUGUGAUACAUCUUCCCUACUGCUGGUGUCAUGCAAAUUCUGCUGUAUUGAUGGCUGUAGCAGGAUUUUCUAUUGGCAGGUGGCCUGUCAAUCACUUGUUGAAAAGAAUGCUGGUAUAUUAUUGGUUGAGUAACAAUCAGUCAUGUUGAUUUCACUGCUACUAAUACUGUGACAAUGGCCAGUGAUAACCAAGGUCUUCAAUUUUAGGAGGCCAUUUGACUCAUAAUUUCAGAGCAUAGUUUCUGUGAUAUAUUUUCUUCAAAUCAGUUUAUAUUCUCUGAUAUCAGUGGAUAGUUCAAGAUGUACUCCGGAUUUAUGCAACUGUUUAUAUUAUGCUUCAUAAACUGCUGAAUUUAUGCUGGUGUUUGCAUAUUUGAUUACUUUGAGCAAUAAAUUGGACAAUUUUUCAAAUAUUAUUGAGUACUAGUGCUUUUUGCCUUUUUUUUGUACAAAAGGGGAGAAACUCCUUGUUACCUCUUUGAAUAAAUAGUUUUUUAUUCCACAAAAAAUGUGCAUCAAUAUGUGUGGAGGCCAGAUCAUGCAAUAUCUGUAAUAUAAUGGCUUGGUCACAUGAUCACAAGAUGUCCCAGAGUCAUCCAAACAUUGUUUACUUAAUGUACAAAUUCCUUUGUUGCCUCAGUACCUAUCAAGUCAUGUAGUCGUUGUACCCUUGUAAUCCUGAUCUAGAGGUUUGUAUCGAGAUAUUUCUGUAUAGUCAGUGAGUUAUAUUUCAGAACAGUUACGUGGUAGUCAUUUACUAAUCUGCAGGAGUAAUUAUUUAGAUGUACCUAUGUGGCUGUAUAAAUGUACAGAGAUAACAGCAGAAUGCAGAGACUGUUUAUAUUGUAUUUAUUCAAUACAGAGGACUAUUGAAACUGUGAUCAUUAAUACAUUAUUUUAGUGAACAUGGCAAUAUGCUAUCUGAGAUCACCGCUGAGAGUCACUGCAAGUCUGAGGCGUGUGCAGCACUCAGACGGACCCUCCCUGUCUAUGCAACCAUUUUAGCUGAAUAGUCCACCAUAAAGGUCUUAAUCACAAUCCGUCUUGGGGCUCCCUCGUCCAGUGGCUUGAUAUACACAGGGUGUGUAUGCCUAUCAGUAGCAUGAAGCCAGGGCCCUGAUCACGAAGUGUUCGUAGCGCUAUGAUGAUCGUAACUCCCAUACUUUAACAUAGACUUACGACAGUCGUAGCGCUACGAUCGUUUUGUGGCCCCGAUCCACAGAGUGUUUGUAGCACUACGAUAUUAGUAAGCCUUCGUUAAACUAUAUGGUUAUGAUGGGUCGUAACGCUGCAAAAACUUUGUGGAUCAGGACCCAGGUCCAGUUAAAUAUGUACCAGGAUAGUAAACUUAGCUAGGAGCCAUGUUUAUGGGAUAAAUGUUUUGACAAUUUAUGACAAGAAACUAGUUCUCAGUGAAACCGAUUUUACUGUGACUACUUUAACUGGAUAUUUUGUCUGAUUUGUAGUGGCACUGGUGUGAUGUCACCACUCUAAUUGUCUCGAACUACGGAUAACUUGAUGUAAUUUUUAUGAUCCAAAGAAUUUCUAGUUAACAAGGAAUAGUUGUACACUUGGCAUGAUAGGAUUGUGUCCAUAGUGAUACUAUAAUAUGAACUUUACCUAGAAUAUUCUCAUUUUGUACUGAAAAGAUCAUUUGUGCAUGUCAUAUUACAGAAAGCAUUGUGUAAGCCUGAAAUAUACCUUGUUGGUUAAGCACGAUAUGUAUUAUUUUGUGGCCCAUUAUCACGUUGUGUAUUGUUAUAAUACAAGGAAAUUUGCUGAGUUUGCAGAUAUUUCAUUGUGUGUUAAGAUUUUGCUCAGAUUUCAUUUCGUGAAAAUCAAAGUGUUUGUACAGUUUCAUCCCAAACACCAGUUUUUGAUACUGCAUGAAAUGAGAGCAUAGGAUGUGUGAGUAACCGAUGUGAUGCCUGAAGCUGAGUUAGGUGGAAGAUUGUGUGUGUACUCGUGGAGUGUUGGGCCCCGAAAUGUGUGUCUUAUUCAAUGUACUUAUGGCCUCUUGACUUUCAUCCCCUCACGAAUGAUGUACACACAGUGUUAUUGUAUAUAAUAUAACAGAAUUUAAAAUAAAAGUCUAUAUAUUCAACUAAACAAAUCCUGCAACAUCCUAUUUUCUAGAUAUGUCACUGUCAGCUAGACUAGACCUGUUUUUUGUUCCAUAAAUCCAGUUCAUUCCAUUGUCAAAUACCAUUCCUACCCAAUUCUCAGCAGCAUUGAUUAGAGUCAUGUAUCUUGUGAGGAAAUUGCUUGUUGUGAAUGUUAGUGCUUUUAUAAGAUCAUGAAUCUUUAUCAUUCUCCAGAAUGUUUUCUUUGUUCUAAAUGACACUGCUAUGCCUUUUUUUAAAGAUUUCAUUUGUUUUAGAUCCAGUAUAGAUUUGGAUUUUGCGUCCUUGAAUUUUGGUUAAUCAAUAGUAAUUAUGAAUAGUACAGAUAUGAUUUUGUUUGACACUGUUCAUUACAUAAAUUCUAAGCUGUGUAAAGAAAAAUUAUGAGUACCGUAUUUGACGUAAUAAGCACCCAGGGCGUUCUCAAAAUUAGAAAUAGGUGGCUCUUAUUAGAAUAUAAUUUUGGUGAGAAAAAAAAAAGUUGAAAGAUCGUAAAUUUUCGUGGUUUAUGC